AUGGCGCAGGUGAUGGAAUAUGCAAUGCAGCUGCGGGAUAAGGUGCAUGGUUUUCGCGAGACGCACCUAUCCACCGUACGUCCGUUCAGCGAGUUUUUAGACUACAACCGCAUCGGCAGGCCACGAGAUACAAACGAAGCUGUCCAGCGUAUCACGUACAAUACGCGGCACUUUUUCGGCAACUAUGCCGUGGUGAUCGUCAUCUUGAGCCUGUACGGCAUCCUCACUGCGCCGCUGCUCAUUGCCGCGGUCGGCAUCCUCGUCGGUGGAUUCGCUGCGAUCAACCGUUUUGCGCCCGAGCCGAUGCAGGUCGGCAGGCAUGUCGUGACCCAAAAAAGCCUGUACACCGCGCUGGGCGUCGUCGGCAUUGUGCUCCUUUGGCUUGCCAACCCCUUUGCGCUCAUCUUCUGGCUCGUGGGAAGCAGUCUGGUCCUUAUUCUGGGGCACGCAGCGUUCAUCGAGCCGCCCGUCUCGAGCGAGUAUGCGGGGGUCGAGACUGUGUAA